CGCCUCCAGCGACCAGGUCUGGUGUCACGCUGUCGGUGGGGAGCGGGUGUUGGCUCCCCGGGUCGGUCUCCCCGCGCCUCCCGCUCCUCGUCUCCUCCUCCUCCUAGCCGGGGUGUGCAGCCCCCCCCUCCCCCCCCCCCAGCAGCAGCGCACGCCCCAGCCCGUGCGGGGUCUCCGCCAGAAGCGGCGAGCCUGUUCCGGGGGGGCUCCGUCUCCCUCCCUCUCGCAGUGUCACUGCCCGCUCCGUAUUGUGCCCCCCGCACAGCCGCCGCGUCUCCCCGCCCCGCAGCCGAUCUCUCUCCCCGCUCGCUGCGUCUGCCCGUACGGCCACGGUCGGGCAGAGAGGUCUCUCCCAAGCCCCGCCGCGUCUCCCUCUGCCCACCGCUGCCCACCGCUGCCCGGGGACACCUGGCAGGGCAGUGGCUCCACCUGGAGCGGUCAACGUGGACGCAGGGCGCGGCAGAAGGCGAAGUGACCUCGAGGGAGGGAGCCAGGCGGAUCGAGCAGGAGCCGUUGACGCACCGGCCUGGCGGGAGAGAUCGCGAAGUGCCGAAGGAGUCGGGACGGGCCCUGCAGUGAGCCGGCGCAGAGAGAGAGAGAGCGAGAGAGCCGGCGCAGGCGCACACGGAGCCUGAGCAGAGACAGAGACACAGAGAGAGACACCAGGGAUCGGGCACACGUAGCCUGAGCAGAGACACAGACACAGAGACACAGAUACAGAGACACAGAUACAGAGACACAGAUACAGAGACACAGAUACAGAGACACAGAUACAGAGACACAGAUACAGAGACACAGAGACAGAGACACAGAGAGAGACAGAGACACAGAUACAGAGACAGACACCAGGGAUCGGGCAAACGGAGCCUGAGCAGAGACGCGGAGACAGAGAGACAGAGAGAGACACACAAGGGAUCGGGCACACGCAGCCUGAGCAGAGACAGAGACACAGAGAGAGAGACACACCAGGGAUCGGGCCAUGCUGAGCCGAGUGCGCAACGCCGUGGCGAGCCUAGUGGGGGGGAUGCUGCCGGGCUCGGCUGACAGUGGAGGAGGAGGAGGUGGAGGAGGUGGUGGUGGAGGAGGUGGAGGAGGAGGAGGUGGACACGGCGCGGAGGGUACCGAGGCGCUGUCCGUGCGCUUCCCUUACUCGCGCCCAGAGUUCCUCAACCUGAGCGCGGACGAGGCGGAGUGCUCCGCGGACCACCUGGUGCGACCCAUCCUCAUCCCCAGGGAGGGCGGCCGCAAGAUGCCCUGGGCCACGGGAUACGCAGAGGUCAUCAAUGCGGGCAAGAGUCCCCUGAACGAGGACCAGGCAGUGUGCGAGGUGGUGUUCGUGAAGCGCAGCGCCGAGCAGACGGCGCUGCGCUCCGCCAUGCCCUGGAGGAGGGAGAGCCCCACGAUGGCGCGCGACGGGGACGGCGACCUGGUCAUGGAGGGCGUCAUGGAUGACGACGGCAUCACCUUCAUCUACUGGGGCAUGUUUGACGGCCACGCGGGCCCUGGGGCGGCCGUCAUGGCAGCCAGCCUUCUCCACCACCACGUGGCCAGGCAGCUGCAAGGCAUCGUGGAGGUGCUGCGCAGCGGCACGGGCUGCCCCCCCGCGUGCCUCAACGACGAGGCCGAGGGCCGCGCGCGCCGAGGGCCCGCGGCGGCGGCGGCGGCGGCGGCGGCCGGAGGGGCGACCCGGGCCCAGAGCCUGCGUGCGGGGCCCGCCCAGGGCUCCCCGGCCCCCACCACCCCCUCCAAGGCCCUGCCGGAGAAGGAGGUGACGCAGGACGCGCUCGUGGUGGGAGCCAUCGAGAACGCCUUCCGCGAGAUGGACGUGCAGAUCGAGCGAGAGAAGGCCAAGUCCCACGUGCCGGGCGGCUGCACGGCGCUCACCGUGAUGUUCAUGCUGGGAAAGCUCUACGUGGCCAAUGCCGGCGACAGCAGGGCAAUAAUUAUCCGGGGAGGAGAGAUCAUCUCGAUAUCGUCAGAGUUCACCCCAGAGACGGAGCGACAGAGGCUGCAGUUUCUGGCUCACCUGCAGCCGCAUCUGCUUGGUGACGAGUUCACCGCGCUGGAGUUCUCACGGCGCGUGCAGAAGAAGGACGUAGGCAAGCGCAUGCUGUACCGGGACCACAGCAUGGCCGGCUGGGCGUACAAAACCAUAGAGGAGGACGAUCUGAAGUUCCCGCUGAUCUACGGAGAAGGAAAGAAGGCGCGGGUGCUGGCCACCAUCGGCGUCACCCGGGGCCUGGGCGACCACGACCUCCGAGUGUACGACUCCAACCAGCACAUCAAGCCCUUCCUGUCCUGCAGCCCAGAGGUCUGCAUUUACGAGAUGUCUCAGCGCAGCCACACGCCCAACGACGUGCUGAUCAUGGCCACGGACGGCCUCUGGGAUGUGCUGUCCAACGAGACUGUGAGCGAGGUGGUGCUGGGCUUCCUGGCAAACUGCGACCCCGCCGACGCCAACCGGUACACGCUGGCAUCGCAGGAGCUGGUGAUGAAGGCGCGUGGCGUGCUGCGCGAAAAGGGCUGGCGCAUCACCAACGAGAAGCUGGGCUCCGGCGACGACAUCACCGUGUUCAUCAUCCCGCUGCACCACGGCAACAACCGGUCGGCAUGAGACGCGGGCGGGCCGGCGGGCCGGCGGGCCGGCGGGCC